AUGAUGUCCGAUGCCAGCGAGAUGUUGGCAGCCGCCUUGGAGCAAAUGGACGGGAUCAUCGCAGGGUCUAAAGCUAUGGACUACUCCAACGGUCUGUUCGACUGCCAGUCGCCCACGUCGCCGUUUCUGGGCGGCUUGCGUGUCCUGCACCUGCUGGAGGACCUGCGCGCAGCUCUGGAGCUCAUGGACAACGAAGAGAGGGACAACCUGCGCUGCCAGAUCCCCGACUCCACCGCCGAGGGUCUGGCCGAGUGGCUGCAAGGACGAAUGACAAAUGGCCACAGCUCGGAGGCGGUCUACCAAGAGCGCUUAACCCGACUGGAGAGUGACAAAGAGUGUCUAAUCCUCCAGGUCAGCGUCCUGACAGACCAAGUUGAAGUGCAAGGCGAGAAGAUCCGAGACCUGGAUAACUGCCUGGAGCGGCACCGGGAGAAGCUCUGCGCCACCGAGGAGCUGCUACAAAAGGAGCUGCUGACCCGCUCGGCACUGGAGACCCAAAAGCUGGAGUUAAUGACAGAGCUAUCGGGACUGAAGCUGAAACUGAGCACGGUGGAGCGAGAUCACAGAGAUAAUGAGGACUUGUACCAGGAAGUGAGCGCGCUACGUUUGCGCGUAGCUGAAAUUGAGAGCGAGCGACUGCAGUGUGACAGGAAAACUAAAGCUUGCAAAGAAGAGCUGCAGCUGCUGCAGCAGGAGUUGGAGGAGCGAGAGGCGGAGCUUAGAAGGUUGAAGGACGAGAGCAGACCAAGGGCGAAGGAGGCGGGACAGAGAGAUGCCGAGAUAUCCCAAAUGAAGACGCUGUUGGACUCUCUCAUGUCAGCCAACGACGAAAAGGAGCAAAGGAUAAAAGAGUUGGAGAGAACUCACGUUCCGGAAAAACUCAAAGAGACAACGAAAGAGGACGACUACGCCGACAUCCCAGAUGAGGUCAGGCUGGUGUCUGAGGGCGAGACAGGAAGGAUCUCCGCGGAGUCUAGUCCGGGUAUCGCGGUGCUUGAGGAGGUGAAGGAACUGGACCGAGAGCGAAAGCUGCAGGUGGCUCAGAGAUCGUCCGAGAUGACUCCAAGCAACUCCGACGAGCAGGCAAAGAGCAAGAGUAGAACUUUGGCUAGCGAAGACUCAUUCGGUGCCAAGCGGGUCCGCGCCUCCUUGGGUCGAGGAUUAUUCAAACUGCGAGGAGGCAAACGCACAAACAGCACGCCAAACCUCGUGGAGACGGAGCGCAAAGUCCCGGAACACUCGCCGCCCGAGAGCAAGAAAAAGUCUAAAGGCUUGAGAAAGUUCUUGGGCAGACUGAAAAGAAGCCACUCCACGUCCUUAAACUCCGACGACGAAGCCGAGUUCCGACGCGGCGGAGUCCGGGCUACGGCCGGGCCUCGCCUGGGCUGGUCCGGCUCUCCCGCCGACGCCUCGGACGUCCCUUUCUCGCAAUGGAGCCGGGAGGACGUUUGCGAGUGGCUUCACGAGCAAGGCCUGGGCUUGUACGCCGCGCCGGGUCACAACUGGAUCCAGUCGGGGCAGAGCUUGCUGCAGGCAUCGCAGCAAGAACUGGAGAAGGAACUAGGCAUGAAGCAUCCUCUCCACAGGAAAAAGCUCCAGCUCGCCCUCCGAUCACUCCACUCCCAAGAAGACGUCCUCAAAGGCAAACUGGACCACAACUGGGUCACUCGCUGGCUGGACGACGUCGGCCUGCCGCAGUACAAGAGUCAGUUCGACGAGGCCCGUGUGGACGCGCGUAUGCUGCACUACAUGACUGUGGAGGAGCUUCUGUCCCUGAAGGUGGGCAGCGUUCUCCACCACCUGAGCAUCAAGCGAGCCGUGCAGGUUCUGCGUCUGCACUCCUUCCGUGCCGACUGCUUGCGACGCCGCCCUACAGACGAGAAACAAACGCGACCCUCUGACGUGAUCCAGUGGAGUAACCACCGAGUAAUGGAGUGGCUGCGCUCCGUGGACCUGGCGGAGUACGCGCCCAACCUCAGAGGCAGCGGCGUGCACGGCGGUCUCAUGGUUCUAGAGCCGCGUUUCACGGUGGACGCGUUGGCUCUGCUGCUCAACAUCCCGCCAGGGAAAACGCUGCUCCGGCGCCACCUGGCCACGCAUUUCCACCUGCUGGUGGGAGCAGAGGCGCAGAAGCUCAAGCAGGAAUGUCUGGAAAACCCCGACUAUGUUGUGCUCACCGCCGCCGCCAAAGUCAAGCCGAGACGUCUGUCAUUCGGAGGUUUCGGAACGCUCCGAAAGAAACGACACGACGACGUCAGCGAGUACGUGUGCCCGAUGGACGUGGGCGAGCGGCUCCGGCCGGACCCCGAGGACCAACUGGAGCAGUUAGAACAGAUGGACGACUCCGAAGGUGCGAUGAGGCAGAUCGGAGCCUUUUCAGAGGGAAUCAAUAAUCUGACGAGCAUGCUCGAGGACGAGGACGUUUUCGGCGAGAUCUCGGCAAGCCCCCGAGAGGGCAACCAAUCCGAUUAA